CUUGCAAAUCCAAAAUUAACAUUUCCAGGUGAAUACAGUCAUGCAUUAUAAAAAGAUCUUUUAACAAAGUCAUUCCUGGAAAGCUAUGGUUCUCAACAUUCAUAUUCCAUAACUCUCUGGGCUUUAAUAAUGAACGCUCUUCAUCUACAAAUGACCUUGAAGAAAACAGAUUCCUGCUCAGUUGUCGUCUGUGUUUAACAUAUUGUAAUUUAAAUACUGAUCUCAUGGUUAAUGUUUUUGCACUAAACUCUGUAAUAUAAUUCCAUGUCUAAGUCAUUAAUGUAUGUUCAUGCAAUGUUUUCUAGUGACUGGAGUGUCAGGCAAACACACUGAUCACAGAAACCUGUUCACCCAGAGAGUGUGCUGCAAGAGACAGAGCCACUUUGUGUACAUUGGGCAAGACAUAUCUGGGAGUCCUGUCAGUGUGGAUGUGGGAAUCUGCAGGUCGCACUGUGGGGCAGCAUCCAGGCCAUCCCAUGAGGCAGGGCAGCAGGAAUACUCCAAACACUCCUCAAUGCUGGAAUUCCUCAGGAGCAAAAAAACGAGGGCCCGGGGACCUGCUGCUCCAGAGAGCCCGGACACGCUGAACCAGCUGCCCUCCUGCGGGAUGAACCAGGUGUGUGAGCCGACCGGGAUGCGAGUGGACCGGGUGCUCCUGCUGCAGGGGCCCCGGGAGGUGGAGGUGAUCGAGGAGUGCCACUGCGAGAUCAAGCUGACCCAGUGCAUCCGCGUCCCCGCACUGAGGACGUAUUACUCCGAGACGCCAUAUGAGACGGUCAUCGACGUGGGAGGAUGCUCCCGGUCCAAGGGCUCUCCAGAGGGAUUCUCCUGUGUCCCCACUAAGUUUGACUCAGCCUUGGUGGAAACCCCCAACAAAGUGGAUCUCAUCCAGACCGUAGUGGCCUGUGAGCUGAAGGAAAGCUGCUACAGGGUCCCGUAUGUGGAGUACUACUAUGAAAUAGUCCACCACGCGGAUGGAGUCAAAGAAGAGAGGCUCAAAGAAAUAGAUGUGGGCAGAUGUUUGGGAGGCUGCACUACAGGAAACCGAUGCCUUCUCAGGAGUCCAACUGAUCCUGAAAUGUGCCACUUGUGGGCUGAAAGACAGUCCAGUUCCUGCGUUCCUCAAGGCUACGAGAGCCACAGCUUCCUCAACCAGCAUGGGCAGUUACGCACCGUCCUCUCCAUCACUUCCUGCUUUUGCAAAAACUGAAAACUACUUCCAAGACCUGAAGGGGCUCCCAAAUGUUGAUCCACAGUGGCCGCAGCCCAUUGAACCAAAUACUAUGUCAUUCAUUGCAGACUUUUCCACUCUAAAGUAUUAUUGUAUUAUAUGUAAUAUAUGUAAAAAUGAUAAUUUUGUAAAUAAAUUUAAUACCACAUAAUA